CGUCACAGCGGUGGGCCGUAGCGCCGAGGAGCGGAAGAUGGCGGCGGCGAAGAGUGUUCCUAGGGAUGCGCAGGUCAUGGCGCAGAUUCUAAAGGACAUGGGUGUCACGGAAUAUGAACCACGAGUUAUUAAUCAAAUGUUGGAGUUUACUUACCGAUAUGUUACCACAAUACUGGAGGAUGCAAAAAUAUAUUCAAGCCAUGCUAAAAAAGCAAGUGUUGAUGCAGAUGAUGUCAGACUGGCUAUUCAGUGCCGAAUGGACCAUUCUUUUACAUCCCCUCCCCCUAGAGAUUUUCUGCUGGAGAUUGCACGUCAGAAGAAUCAGAACCCAUUGCCACUGAUUAAACCAUAUGCUGGGCCCAGACUGCCGCCAGACAGAUAUUGUCUAACAGCUCCAAACUACAAGUUGAAGUCGCUUCAUAAAAAGGUGACAUCAUCCACUGGAAGGAUAACUGUACCAAGGCUCAGCGUUGGCACAUGUGUUACCAGUCGGCCUAGCACCCCAACAUUAGGUACUCCUUCAUCGCAAACGGUGGCUGUUACUGCAAAAGUUGGAACACCUGUUUCAUUAGCUGGACAGAGAUUUACAGUGCAGAUCCCUUCCUCACAAACUAAUGUUAAACCAGCUACAGGAAUCUCCUCAACAACUUCAGUUCAAAAUGUUUUGAUCAAUCCAUCUCUGAUUGGCUCAAAAAAUAUCCUUAUCACAACUAACAUGGUCUCAGCCUCAGGAAGUAACAAUGAAGCAAAUCCAUUGAAACGGAAACAUGACGAUGAUGAUGAUUAUGAUGCUUCCUAAAAGUGGAUCUGACCAUCAUUUUGAAUCACUAUUCUUUUUAGAAUAAAUUAUAUAUGUUGACACUUUGUGAUAUGAAUGAUGAACAUCUGUCAAUACCAGUUUGGCAUUGUUUGCAAGUCAUCCAGAUUGGACAGGCGAAGCUGUAAAUCCAGCAUUGUGAAGCAAAUAUGUAAAAGUGCAUAUGGUUUGUAUGGCCACUUGAGAAUUUGGAGUGUGAGGUGUAAGCAAUGUUUUGUGUUUGUGUUAAGUAAAUGUGCCAUUUUAGUUCUUUAAAAAGUCAUCUGCAUGGUAUCCCUACAUGUCAGGUGCCUUUUUCUAAGUUGAUUUUCAAGAUGUUUUCUGUACUUUGGUAAAUCCUUUUAGUUUGAAGAAUGCACAUUAUUUGAGUUACUUAAGGACUGUGAUUUCUGCAUAUGUUAUAUUUGCAUUCAGUUUCUCCCACCGAUUGAUAUAUGUAAUUUAUUUCUGCUUUUGUUUCUUAAGCAUUUAGAAAUUGCCAGUGUUGUGUCAAAUUCACUCCAAAUAACAAACCCAAAAUUGUUUGCAUUUUUGUGCUGUUUUAUAGAAUUAUUCGUAAAAAUGCCUGUAUUUUAAGACAUUUUUGUAUAAUGGAUCAGGUUUUUCUGAAACAAGUGCUAGUUGUACGUAUUGGAUAAACUGGCUUCUUUGCAGUUGGGUCCUCUUUUGGGGUUUUGUUAUUAGCUGAGUUUCAUAAAACAAUUAUUUUUGACAGCUUUUUCAAAAGUACCUUAGAUUUGUGCUCUUUAAUAAUGUAUACUCUACAAAGAAACUUGAGCUCUGUAAGAUAAUUGCAAACAUUAACCGUUUACUGGGUAAUAGUGCUGUACUGGAUUUCUUCAGUUUUCAUAUUGUUUCACCCUCAUAGUUAAAAUUGUUCCACAGUUUAAGUACAAUGUAUUACAGUACUUGUUCUUGUAUAGUUAAGUUUGGAAAAUAUUUUGACAUAUCAACUAUUUUCAGUUAACUUAGAUUCCAAAAAUAAUGAUUUUACACUCUCCUUCCAUCCCAAUAUUUAUUGUUUGAAUUAGAGCAGCAGUCUUUCCCCUCAUCACUGUGAAGUGUGACUAAGUGCAGAGUACAGCAUUAUGCCUCAAACAAUGUUUGAGAACUAAUAAAUCAGAAAUUGCCAGUUGGCAUUUUCACACUUCUUUA